CGAGGGGAGUUCCCGCAGCCCGCCCCUGCGCCCGCCCCUCGCCGCCCGCGGCUCCUCCUCGCUUCGCCAUGGUGGAGCGGGGAGACGCGGCGCCGCUGCUGCGCUGGGCCGAGGGCCCCGCGGUGUCCCUGCCGCAGGCCCCGGAGCUGCAGGCUGGAGGCCGGGGCUGGGGCAGCGGCGGGGGCGGCCGGCCGGCCGCGGAGCCGCCCAGGAGGCGGGAGCCCGAGGAGCUGGGCGCCUCCGAGGUGCUGCUGCAGCCCGGGCGCCUGGAGCUCGGCGACGUGGAGGAGGACCAGGUGGUGGCCGUGUUCGUGGUCACCUUCGAUCCCCGCUCGGGAAACAUGGUGGAAUGGUGCUUACCUCAAGAUAUUGACCUUGAAGGUGUUGAGUUCAAGUCUAUGGCCAGUGGGUCCCAUAAAAUUCAGUCUGACUUCAUCUAUUUCCGAAAGGGGCCCUUCUUCGGCCUGGCCUGCUUCGCCAACAUGCCUGUGGAGAGUGAGCUGGAGCGCGGCGCCCGGAUGAAGUCUGUGGGCAUCCUGUCUCCGUCCUACACCCUGCUUUACCGGUACAUGCACUUCCUGGAGAACCAGGUUCGACACCAGCUGGAGACGCCUGGUCAUUACUCCCAUCUGGCUGCGUUCUACGAGGACAAGAAAGGGGUGCUCCAUGCCGGGCCGGGGAGAGGCGGCAGCCUGCCCCCCGUCUACUGGCUGCCUUCCAUCCACCGAUACAUGUACCCCGAGAUGAAGAUCACGCACCCAGCUGGCUGCAUGUCUCAGUUUAUCAAGUUCUUUGGAGAACAGAUCCUCAUCCUUUGGAAAUUCGCCUUACUUCGAAAACGCAUUUUGAUAUUUUCUCCCCCUCCUGUGGGUGUCGUGUGCUACAGAGUGUACUGCUGCUGCUGUCUGGCCAACGUCUCCCUGCCUGGAAUCGGGGGCACCAUUCCCGAGUCCAAGCCUUUCUUCUAUGUGAACGUGGCUGACAUCGAGAGCCUGGAGGUAGAGGUGUCCUAUGUGGCCUGCACCACGGAGAAGAUUUUCGAGGAGAAGCGGGAGCUGUACGACGUCUACGUGGACAACCAGAACGUGAAGACGCACCACGACCACCUGCAGCCCUUGCUGAAGAUCAACAGCGCCGACCGCGAGAAGUACCGGCGGCUCAACGAGCAGAGGCAGAUGCUGCUGUACUCCCAGGAGGUGGAGGACGACUACAACCCUUGUGAGGAGGACCUCUUUGUGCUGUUUUUCUUAGAGCAAAACAACCGGAUAUUUCAGACUUUGCUGGAGGUGUCCGCCAGUCAAGAUAAAACUCUGACCGCUGAGCAUGCCCGUGGCAUGGGUCUAGACCCCCAGGGAGACCGGAGCUUUCUGAUGGACCUGCUGGAGGCCUACGGCAUCGACGUCAUGUUGGUCAUCGACAACCCCUGUUGCCCAUAGGAAGAGGGAGCCAAGGCUGGUGAGCCUCCCUCACGUGGGGAUUUCACAACGGGCCCCAGAAGACCUCAUUUUUUAUUAAGUUGACACAAAGGAUUAUGGUUUCUACUUUCCAACAAAUGUGAUUUUUGCAGUCUCCUUUCUUCGCUUCCUCCCUAGUGGUAAGACGAGGCCAUCUUGGUUUUAUGUCCUGCUUUGAUAAGAUGCCGGGAUCCACCAAUUUCUCCCAGAGCAGAGUCUCUCAUCUCCUUGUUGAGUGACUUUGAGGGGAUGUGGUGAAGGCCGUCUGUCACCAGGAGCGGGCCGAGCUCUGGAAACACUGGGGAGGACUAUUCAGAAAGUCUCUGUAGUUUUCAUCCCUUGAGGUACUGGAGAAUGAGAGCGCUGUCCCCGGACAGCUGCGGACGUGCAUCUCCUGGAGGUGGAAGCUAGACCUCAUGACCCUUCACAGUUUUUCUCCAUUCCGGGAGUCCAGUGUUAGGAUCAAAUCCCUUUCCCUGUUCACUGGGGCAAAUCUGAGUCUUGUCUGUUCAUGUGAGUAGAGAUCUCAAAGAGGAACAAAAGGAUGUUUCUGUCAUUAAGGAAGAGCUUCUCUAAGGACAGAAUGACAGGAAGAGGUUUUCUACCAGCCAGCUGGAAAGUAAAAUUGUAGAAUGAAGCCUGAAGCUUUCCGCAGAGUAAAUUGGUGGUGGCCACUCCAUGCGGUACUCCCCCUUUCCCCG